UUAAAAUUGGGUAUUUUUAAACCUGAAGUAAAAUCAUUCUUUACAAAUCUUAUAAAAGACAACAUAAAAGCAAGGAAAGAAAAAGGCAUUGUACGUCCAGAUAUGCUUCAAUUAUUAUUAGAAGCACAAAAGGGCGUGGAACUUAAAGAGGAAAUUGUAGCCGAUGAAAGUUUUGCUGUCCAAGAGGAAUCUACUUUACAAGAAACUAGUGUCCAUAAACCUAUUAACAAGUUAACCGACGAAGACAUCACUGCUCAAGCAAUGAUAUUCUUCUUUGCUGGAUUUGAUUCAGUUGCCACGCUUAUGUGCUUCAUGGCGUAUGAAAUAGCUGUUCAUCCUGAUAUUCAAACUAGGCUUAGAAACGAAAUACAAGAAACAUUGCACGAGCAUCAAGGGCAGUUAACGUAUGAAGUUUUACUCAAAAUGAAAUAUUUGGAUAUGGUCGUGUCAGAAUCCUUGAGAAAAUGGCCAGCAAACGUAGUAGUUGAUCGAGAGUGCACAAAAGAUUACACAAUUCAACCAAAGCUAACCGGGGAAGUAGCUGUUCACCUACUAGAAAAAUCUACCGUGUGGAUACCAAUAAUUGGAAUUCAUCGUAAUCCAGAAUAUUACCCAGAUCCCGAAAAUUUUGAUCCGGAGCGAUUUAACGAUGAAAAUCGGCACAAAAUCAACUCUUACGUUUACUUACCCUUUGGAUUGGGGCCAAGAAAUUGUAUUGGGUCAAGAUUUGCUUUGCUUGAAAUUAAAAUAGUGUUCUUUUAUCUGUUGCAACACUUUGAAUUAGUACCGACAGCAAAAUCACAAAUUCCACUUAAGAUAUCCAGACAAACUUUUAAUCUAAACGCUGAAGGUGGUUUUUGGUUUGGACUAAAACGACUUUAUAAUUAAGUUUAACAUAUUUUAGUUUACUGUUACUUCUAAUUUUGGAC